AGAGAACGUCUGUAGUAGCGUGCCUCACUGUGAUGUCUUAACGCUGUCCAUAGUGCCAGCCAUGGUGCGUUCCGUGAGUGUCGGCAUCCUGGUCCUCGUCGGAGUGGUGCUGCUCGCCAGGGCAUCUGCCUCCGCUCCCGCCAAUUUCGAGACCGAGUCCUGGGACCGGGAUCGUCAAAACGCUGCGUACGACUCAUCUCUGACUCCUGACGAGGACUACCUUCUGAGCUUGUUAAGGAGUCGAUCCAGCAACUUCGACGUCAUGCCGAAGAGGUCCCGCGGCAUGCUCGACUUCGGGAUGACGCGAGGAGCGUCUGGCGCCAAGGCCGCCAAGGCUCGAUUAGGACUCAAGCUGGCCAACGAUCCCUUUGGGCCCGGACGCUGAGACGCCCGUGCCAACCCGCUGCGGGAACCGCCUCACACGAGCAGCUCCCGCAACCACAUCCCUCUAUUCCUUUCCGCGCCUCUAACGGAACAGUUGACCAAUCGCCUCUUAACUGAGCGCUGUAGAAAGAUGUUUUCCAACUAUGUUUCAUCUUUCUUUGUUCUUCUACAGGUUUGAGCUUUCCGAGCUUCUUUCUUCGCAUAGUAGCUGCAGCCGGCUGGACCUUCUGUGUGCUUGAAAAAAAAAAGAUUCAGAAAAACAAAACGCAGCAGCGAAGCACUGUUUCUGGUACUGCGAAGGAGUGCGGCACAACUCGCUUCCGCGUGUUUCCGGUUGGCCCCACUUGAAUAAUUAGCUUUGACUGUAGUGUGCACCCGAGGCAGUUCUACGCGUCAUUGUGUCGCAUAGUGAUCACACCGCUCUCUCGUUGUCGCAUCACAGUUUGCGUUGGGCGGAAGGUUAAACGUUGGGAGGGCCUAACAUAAUCAACGCAGAGCAUGUGAUUGCUGGUCAAGGUCAUCCCGUACAUGCUGCUCCGUGUAGCAGUUGCUAAAUUUGGAGUGAUGACGGCGGUUAUCCGGAUUACUGAACUCGAAACAGCACGUGAACUGGCUCUCAUAUUUUGUGUUGACUACCUAUGACGAGCCAGUGCACGUUUCUUGAAAUGUGUGGACGAACGCUUUUAAUUGAGUGUAAUUAGGUUGCAUUUUUUAAGCCAGUGAGAUUUUUUAAACCAGGGGCUAGAAACAUGAGUUCUCAGCUUGCCUGUAGUAAUGCAGUACUAGCCAUCCUAUGGCCAAGUGACCAGAAUUUCUUUUGAUGAUAAAUUUCUUUGAAUGCAUCAAAAAAGAAAAGAAAGCGCCCAUAUGUUGUCCUCCCGCUCAACGUAAACUUCACGUACGUCUAUAUACCGUGAAAGCAACCGUAACAAACCUUAUUUCCAAUGACUGUCAAAAAAGAAGUCUCUAGGUUCCCAGCACUCGGUGACACCAAAGCAACUACAACUGUGCAUCGUUGUCAUCCGUAGAAGACACGCAAAAUUAGGGGCUCUUUGGAAGCGCAGAUAAGGUGUCGGGUUAUUACGUGUGCCGUCUGGCGAGUGUAGUGACCGUUCCCGGAUCAGCGGCUUACAUUUUUGGGCUAUAAAAUUUUUGUACCGGUGGUCAUGAUGACGUGAUUCAAACGAAAUGUGUUGUUGGAAGCGCAGUAAUGUAUCCAGCCCACGCGGCGCUAAAGCAGCUAAUUAUAUAUGUGUUGUUGUGCGUAACAUGUUCCUGUUAAAGAAACGCAAUGCAAAUAUUUUACUUGCGUUCAAUGUACGUUGUUGGCAAGUGCAGUUGGUGGAUUGAGCGUACAUUUAUGUAUUGUUAAUGCAAGGGAUGUACCUUGACAAUGUCACGUUGACUACAUGUGCACGGAGCAAAUAACCACGCGUAUACGUUGCUAUGUGGUUUCUUUUGAAGUACCAAAAGGAUGAAAUCGAGUAACAGCAAUUGUGUUUUUUUUUUCUGUUUUGGAAUUAUAUAUACAAUGCUUGGGUAUAAGAAGUUUCGGGGGAUAAACAAAAGGUGUUCAGCUUUUAUUGUUUAUCGACGUGUUGCCUGUUGACAUGUAACUUGUGUGUGAUACCUUUAUGAGCCGCCAAUGUAAACUUUUGAUUUGAGAAAAUUAGGCGAAUUUCGUCCUUGUGAGAUAAUUUUGGACUUUUGCCUUCGACUCUGUAGCAGAACAGGUCGAUUAUUAUUUUUUUUGUUUUUCUUUUGCGCAAAGCUCCUGUAGUAAUUAGCAAUAAACGAACACUCGAAAUAAUUUAGUGACUACCAAAACCUCUCUCAUAAUCUCCUUUCCUUUUUUUUCAUUCAGUAUGUCCGGCUAAUGCUUCUGUCGUCCUCAUAUUCUCACAUACAUUGAAACCAUUGACACGUGCAUUCAAUUUCAACAAUACAUUCGUUUUCAAAUCGCCGUUUUUAUUAGUUUAGUCAUUCCAACUACUUUAUCUUGCGCAUAUUUAAUAACACAUGCCCGCCGGCUGAUGCAGCUUGCCUGUGUUUGCAUGACAAGUUUGGAAAGAGCUCAUUUACUCUACUCAACCACCACUCACCAACAUUCGUUGCACAAAACAUUUCUUUGUUUCCAGCUUUCUCGAAGCGCAUACAGGUCAGCACAACAUUUGCUCGAGCAUCUUUCUUACUGGUGUGCAGCCAGAGCUGCUGUUCGCAGAUGCGUUUUCCCUAAUUUAGUUUGGAGAAAUACGGUAAACCGGUGCUGCAGAAGUGCUCAAAAAAAGUUCGACACGCGCAUUUUCCAUUUUCCCCUUCGCCUUCCUCCCAUUCAUCUCACCAUGCCAUUACGCUCUUUUGAGUUAUAUGCAAAGAAAGAGAGAAUCGACACACAUAUGCAGACUGUCGACCAAAUUCUCGUGCCGAUGUUUAUUCAUGGGACAAUGAGCUGAAUCGAGAUCGCCGCUCACUGAACGUUUGUUUGUGACGGGCCUGUGCUUGAACGGCGUCUGUUUCGAAUGGUCUGCGUGACCGUUCGACGAGCGUUAGGCGCCGACUGUGACGGGCCUCGUGUUUUGAAGAAGUCUGUGUACGUAGGCGUGUAUUCGCUGCAUGCUUAUUUCUGGACUCUGUCUUUCUUUUUUUUCUUUUUCUGUCUCUGUACAGUCGUUUGUGUACGUAGAAGCCCUGCCGCGCGUCCCGGAUGCGUAAUAUGCGGGAGUGUUGCCACUGUAGUGAAGUUGUCUAUACAGUUUCAAUAAAAGAUGCGUUUCAA